AUGCCCCCAAGAGCCAGAAACAGAGGAGUUGCUAAAAUCAGCCAGGUUCGAACUGAGCUGGGGUUUGGUAAUAGUCGAAACCCUCCUGCCCAGAAAGCAUGCAAGGCGUUUCUCGACAAAUAUCGGCCCAGUCUUGCUAUGCCUGCCCAUUACUUUACAAACUGGCAGGACGAAGUUCACAAACGGGAAGUCAGUAUAAUGGCGGAGAAGUUUCUGGUAGAAGAGGGCGGGGGGGCAAGGUACUGGCCUGCCGAUGGUGGCUCAUCAGAUCGUCCCCGCUGGGGGGUCAAUCCUGAAACUGAUGAGAUCCUUAAAACGUUGGUCGCCCAGCUCUUAUGCAAUCUAAACAAGAAGACUCAGAAGAGAUUGACCGCUUCCGCUUCCGAAAACACUAGGCGCGAAGCGAGGGCAGGAUCCUAUCGCUCAGAAACCGUGGGUCGGAGUGCAAGAGAGCCAAGUCCUAUCAGUGUGGAGUCUGAUUCAGAUGAAGAGGACAGCCAUUUGUUUGAUCAAGAGGACAAUCCGGAGCCACCACCACGCAUCUCAGAGCCUUCAGAAGAUCCCUUCAGCCCCGGCCCAAAUCAUUUUCAUACAUCUCCAGGUCCAUCAAACCGAACAGUUGAAAUGCCACGACAUGAGUCCGAUAUGGAAGCAAACUCAUUGGACAGAGACAGAAUUCCCGGGGCACCGGCAGCACCAGUCGCUCAGAUGACAGGCAUGGAUGAUUUGAUUGGGCUCACCUCACCCCGUCGGAGGCGGAGGCCUGUGGACCUUCAAGGCUACUUAUCGUUGUCAGAUGAUGAUAUGUACCUUGCAAGGACCCCAACUCCGAGUGAACCUGCCGCUUCAGUCCGUGCGGCCAGCCUGGAGCUUGGUGUCAUGGAUUACAGCAUGUCCACUGGAGCCGUAUCCGAAGAUGUGCCCAACAAUGAACCCAUUGGAGAUCAUUUGGACAAUGCGUCGAAGCAUAUUCUGCCAGAUCCUGGUAUCGGAGCAGAAGAGCAGCCUCUCCCAUCAACAGAGAACGUCACCCCCCAACCAGAGACCUUCGCCAUGCCUACAUCAGAGGCAUUUGCGACACCAGAGCCAGAGGUAGAUGAAGACCGUAGGGCGAUGCCUCCACCUCCUCUACCUCUACCUCCGCGUCAGCCAAUAGCUCAUGUCACCAGAAGAGAACCAAGAUACAGAUGCAAAUGGAACAUUCAAACCGCUCCACGCAAUUACAGGUUAUGGGGUCUCUAUGGAACCUCCGGGCCAAGGUCUAUGGCAGAGCUUCUUGAAACUCCAGCUUUUGAAGGGGUCAACUCAGUGCAGUUCAGACUUGAAGGUCAAGGUAUGAGCUGGCAAGAUGCAGUGCCAAAGGAUGAUGAAGAAGCGUUCGAAGAUAUGAAAGUCCGAUUUGGAGACAGGAUCAAGGACGAUCUGAGAAGACUAUCUGGGACUAGAGAUUCUAUUAUCUAUGAGAUAAUUAUGGUCCCAGGUCGGUAUAUGAACUGCGAUGAAGCGUUUGCACGAUAG